CAAUUAUCUUCAGUUCGUUCUUAUCGAAUUAAAAAUUCUCUCUCCAGAAUCAGAAUAUUCCUCUGCAUUUCUCUUUCUUCGAUCGUGCCCUAAAAGUCGAAAUUACAAAGAAGAAAUAAAAAGAAAAUCCUCAAACCAUGGAUUAAAUUCCAAUACCCAGCGAUCAAUCAAUCGAUCAACGGGGACGAAGAUAAAAUUGAGCUCCGCGGAAAGCUAUUCACAAACAAUGGCGGAAAAUCCGGCGUCUUCAUCUUCCCCACAAAAGCCCCUGCCCUUACAGCAGAACUCAGGUGCAAUCGAACCCUCGAAUUCCCAACAGUUACAGACCCUGCGGUCCCCUUCCCCGUCGCUCGAGCACCAGCAGCAGCAGUUGGUACAGUCGCAGCAGCAGCUGGUGCAACAGCAACAGCCUCAGAUGAUGCAGUCUCAGCAGCAGAUGGUACAACCGCAGCAGCAGCAGUUGCAGCAGCUCCAGCAGCAGUUGCAGCAACAAUCGAAUAGCAACAACAAUAUGAAUAACAGUACCAACGGUAAUAAUUUGAUGGGAAUUUCGAAUUUUCACCAGGGUUUGCAGAGGAACCCUUCUAUGUCCAGGCUGAAUCAAAUGCAGAAUAGCAGUAACGUUAGUAUCAAUAAUCAGUUAGGGUUAGUCAGGCAGCAGCAACAGCAGCCGAAUUCGGGAAUUUAUGGGCAGAUGAAUUUUGGUGGAAUGAGUGCAAUGCAGCAACAACCUCAGCAACAGAAUAAUAGUAUUAGUAUCAAUAAUUCGAGUAACGGUCAGCCACAGCAACAAAUUGGGCAGCAAAAUCAACUGCAACCGCAAAUUGAGCAGCAAAAUCAGCUGCAUCAGCAAAUCGGGCAGCAAGGUCAGUUAUCACAGCAACUCGGGCAGCAGGCACAGUUAUCGCAGCAAAUCGGGCUGCAGGGUCAGUUAUCACAGCAAACUGGGCAGCAGAAUCAGUUGUCACAGCAGCAAAUGGGGCAGAUGGGCAGUGGGAAUUUGUCGCAUUCUGCAUUGAUGGGACAGACGGGGCAUUUACCAAUGUUAUCUGGUCAAGGGGCGGCAGCAGCUGCAGCCCAGUUUAAUAUGCAAAAUCAGUUUUUGACCUCGCCAAGGCAGAAGACGAACUUCAUGCAAGGGACUCAAUUCCAUUCAGGGAAUUCUGCUGGACAGUCCUUGCAAGCAAUGGGAAUGAUGGGUUCUCUCAAUUUGAGCUCGCAACUUAGAGGAAAUGGAACACUUCCUUACACUCAGCAAAGGAUGACGGCAGCCCAAAUGAGGCAGCAUCUUUCGCAGCAAAAUGCACUCAAUGCUAGUCAGGGCCAAAACAUGACCAGGACAUCGCCAUUUAUGAACGCACAGAUUUCCGGGCUGGCUCAGAAUGGACAGCAGGGCAUGCUCCACAAUGCCUUAUCUCAACAGCAGCAGUGGCUAAAGCAAAUUCCCUCAAUGUCUUCUCCAAACUCGUCCUCCCUUCGGCUCCAGCAACAGAGGCAACAGAUGCUACUGAGGCAGCAGCAAUUGAACUCCUCACAGAUGCACCAAAACUCGCUCGGGCUCAGCCAGCAACAGCUGUCAGAACUGAUGGAUUUGAAUGCAAAACUAGAUCCGGAAGUGGAAGACCUCCUUUUGGAGAUGGCUGAUAAUUUUAUUGACUCGGUUACAUCAUUUGCUUGCACUCUAGCAAAGCAUCGGAAAUCAUCGACAUUGGAAGCAAAGGAUCCACCAACUGAUGUCCACAAGAAGCGUCUGGAAGUUAUACGUAAUUUGAUGGAGCCGGUACAGCCCGAGGCGAAUAAGCAGAUAGGUAGGCAGGGUCCCACCAAUCAGGUUGGCCAGAACCAGAUGAUAAGGCCUUCUCCAAGUUCAGAGCAGCUGGCUUCUCAACCUCCCAUGCCUCAGAUGUUGCAACAGACAACAAGAUUCUGA